AGUACGACUGACUUUUUUCCCUUUCGCAUCGAUUCAGUCGUCGUCACUUCAGCUAAAUUCUAUUACCUAUUCAUUCGGCCUACCUCCCCCAGCUGUUCCGCGACAUCCCUGCGAUUCUGAUCCAUCUCGCACCUAUAACAGCCGAUUAGAAUCGAUUGACGACUCCUUUUUUUCCUUUUUUUCCCCCAUUUGCUUCCCUGUCGAUCCCCUCGAACUUCGACUGGUCGGAGGAGAUAGCCGACGUCGACGCCGACGCCGACGCGUGCACAACUCUGCCCGUCUCUCUCCUUCCGUCUUUCCCUCGUCCCUCCUGCUCCUCGUCGCUCCGCUGCCUCGGCUUUUUCGACUAUCGCCUUCCCUUACGUCGUCUAUAGGAGACCUUGCCUGCACAAGUUCGACAACUCGUCUCGCAGCGUCAGGCCUUACGUCACCCAACCACCACGUUUCCUGAUGACUGCCGUGGCCAAUCCUCCCUCGUUUCCACAGCUCAACCGGUCGGCAUGGAACGUCAGUAGCGGUCAGGACCUCAACUCGAUGAACUCUGAAGACGUCCGAGGCAUGUUUAUGCCCCGGAAGCAGAUGCAGCGCACCAACUCGUCUUCUUCCAUAUCUUCUACUUCGUCUGCUUCUUCUACCGCCACCGUCUCGACGAAUAAUUCAGCUCACUCCAAUGGAACCCCCUCCUCAGCGAACUCGGACGUGAGUACCUGGUCCAACGCCGCCGCCAGGAAGCGUCCCCCGCUCAAAAGCCCUUGGCCCUCGGGCAAGUCUGACGUUCCUCCUCCCGAGCUUGGUCGCAUGCCCCCCGGUCGCUCUCCCGCCAACGGCAUCAACGGUGUCAACCACAACAUCAAUAUGAAUGGCAUUGCCAACGGCAGUAUCAACGGCGGUCCGAUGCCCCCUGUCCAGGGCCAGCCGUCGAUCAUGUCCCAACAACAAAUGAGCGGUCGCCCCAUCGCCGAGCCCAUGCCCGCUGGGCAACCUGUUCUCUACCUACUAUCGCUGAACGGCACCUUCGAGCGCAAAACUAUAUCCGUCCCCUUUUACCCGGAGAGUCUGCGCAUCGGCCGUCAAACAAACCAGAAGACGGUUCCUACACCUGCCAACGGAUUUUUCGACAGUAAGGUGUUGUCAAGGCAGCACGCCGAGAUCUGGGCGGAUCGCAUGGGCAAGAUCUAUAUUCGGGACGUCAAGUCAUCCAACGGCACCUUUGUGAACGGUAGUCGCUUAUCCCAGGAGAAUCGCGAAUCCGAGCCGCAUGAGUUGCAGAGCGGUGACCACCUGGAGCUCGGUAUUGAUAUCGUUAACGAAGAUCAGAAGACCGUUGUCCAUCACAAAGUCGCUGCCAAGGUGGAGCAUGCCGGCUUCAUGAACGCCUCAAGCAGUAUCCUAGACUUGAACUUUGGUGAUCUGGAUCCGGCCAACGGUACCGCCAUGCUGGGUCCCCCACCGACCGGGCUGGCUCUUCGUGGCAGGCAAGGAAGUAAUGCCACUCUGGCAGCCAACGGGCGUGGCUUGUCCGCUGCCGGCGUCCCUGGCUCGCAAAUGGUCGGGGGCGCGGGUCGCGGAACAUUCCAGUUAGCCUCUGUCACUUCCGACCAUAUUAUCAAAAGACUCCAGACCGAGAUGCGAAAUGCGAAGCUGCAAUCCCAAGAUCUGGGGCGGACCGGGCAGUUUAUCGGUGCGUUACUGUCUAAGCACGACGUUAAGGAUCUCGAGAAACCCGAAGCCCCCGAACCCCCUAAACCUCUUGUCAACGGCAACCCCAUGUCGUUCCGCUCCGAUCCCAAGGCCAGAUUCUCCGAUCCGCCGGCACCCCCGCCGCAACAGCCUCUGCCCGAGAAACCCGAUGUACCUCCGCUGAAGCGAGCAACAACGGAACGACCCAAGUCGCAAACGAGUGGAUCGCCCGUUCGGGCAGACAACAUGAGUCAGAUUUUACAGCUCACUGAAGCUCUGAGCACCACCAGGAGAGAACUCGACUCCCAGACCGCGCGCAUGAGAGAUUUGGAAGAGAUGCUUCAGAAAGAACGCGAAGCGAGGGAACUCGCUGAAGACCUAGCAAGGAGACUCGAAGACACAGCUAUCAGCAAGGUCGUGGACGGAGCGCCAGAGGCUGACGGCACGGACGGUCUCCUCCGGGAAGCUGCGUUUGAACCGCCUUGCGAGGCGCCCGAGUCUGUCGACGUUGAGAUGAUCGAUGCCGAUAGUGUUACGGUUACGGAAGAGGCUCCACCGCAAGUGGAAAGCGUGGAAAAUGUUGCCUCGCAGUUCCAGGCCAAGAUCGAUGCCAUGGUCUUGGAGAUUUCCGACCUUCGGCAGCAGAUGGAGGCAUGGAAAGCACGAUGCGAGACGGCCGAGGCGGAGAGGAAUACGGACCGACAGUCGCUAGCCGACAUGGUUCUCAAGAUCCGGAAAGACGAGGAAGCGAGACAAGCUGCCGCGGAGGUGAAAGCCCGGUCACGCUCGUCCGCCGCCCGCCGUGGUGGCAACCGCAGUCGGAGUCGGAGUCUCGGCAGAAGUCCCAGUCCCAGAAAGAGCGUCGAAGAAAGCCGCACGACAGCUGGCGACCAUGCGUCCUCGGAGGUCGAGGAUGCCCAGAAACAAGAUGAGGUCCCGGAAGACCCGUCAGACAAGCCCACCCUGUCUCGAGCCAACACCAUCACUCCGAAUUCGGUACUUGCGCCUGCACUUUCUCAACGACAAGUACUCAUAGAAGGGAUACCUUAUGCCUCGAUGCUGGGCGUUGUCUUACUCGGCGUCGGCCUAAUGGCGUACAUUAAUGGUUGGGAAGCGCCUCGACCUCGUCAAUAACCGGAUACAGACCAGGGCUACCCUUCGCUCCCAUUCGACUGCGGACUCGCACUUUUUUUUCCCUUUUAGCAUAAUUGAAGCGCUUUACAUGAUUCUUACGAAACGCACCAACGAGCGACAGCCAUUCCUGUCCCAACCAACGACACGUCGACUUUUCAUUUGUAUUGAUAUAUUUUCUUGCUCUGUACAACCCGGCUGACACGAGCAUUUGGCAUCGACUUUUACUUUUUCUUGUUCUUGGAGGAUCGAUAACCAGGCAGCGAACGGGAGAAUCGGCGAC